UCUUUGAUAUAUUACAUGUCUUGUCAUUUUUGUCCCGUCAAAUCGUCACUUUAGAAAGUAUUUACCUACCUAUAAUAUAGUAUUUAUAUAAAGUGUUUAAAUAAUGCCUUUCUAUCACAAACCACGGGAGUUUACACCCCUUUUGAUAGCGGCGCACAAGAAAUCUAUAAAGAAUGGUCUUCGGCAUGCGAUCUUUACGUCGAGAUUUGAUAAAUAUAUCGGAGAUUGGAAAAACGACAAGAAGGAAGGUAAAGGCAGAUUCUUAACUAUAGGCGGAAAUCUAUAUGAAGGGGACUGGUACCAAGGUUAUAGGCACGGCUUUGGCCUGCUCAGCAAACGGCAGCCAAAUGGUACGUUUAGACUAGUGUACCGAGGCGACUGGGCUCGCGGUUACCCUGACGGCUCCGGCUGGAUGUACCACGAGGACGGAGCUACGUACAUGGGCUUCUUCAAACGAGGCAUGAGGCACGGAUACGGGAACAUGUGGUACGCGGACGGAACCUUCUACGCUGGCUACUUUCAUAAAGAUAAGAAACAAGGAAUUGGUUUAUUUUUACAAGCUGACGGGAAUAGAUACGAAGGGCAUUUUGAAAAUGACGUUAAGAAUGGUUACGGACGGUUCUACCACAUGCGGACCGGCCAGAUCCAGGAAGGAUGCUGGGAGAAUGAUAUCUGUGUCAUGUCCAAGAUGUCCGAUAUAUUGGUGCGACAGUCCUGCGUGAGACCUACGCCUUAUCCUAUACCAAAGGUGGAAUUGAAAUACCCGAAGAGAAUUCUUGAAAAGAGCGAGUUUUGGAUGAAACAGAAGAAGGGUGAAUUUGACAAAAACCUCAUGAAAUGCAUCGACCAAAUGUAAUAAUGUGUUCUACAAGAUCAUUAAAAAUAACAACAUUGUAAAA